AUGGCGGCCGACACGGCCAUAAAGGCUAUCGACAAGGCCUCUAUCCACCGCAUCACCUCUGGACAGGUGGUCAUAGACCUGCAGACCGCGGUCAAGGAGCUUCUAGAGAAUAGUCUUGACGCGGGCGCGACGAACAUUGAGGUCAGGUUUAAGAAUCAUGGACUCAAGUCGAUAGAAGUCGUAGACAAUGGCUCAGGCAUUGCGGAGAAGGACUUUGAGGGAAUUGCUUUGAAGCAUCAUACGUCCAAACUUGCGGCCUUCGAAGACUUGACGACUGUGCGCACCUUUGGCUUCCGAGGGGAAGCGCUGUCAUCCCUCUGCGCGCUAUGUGACGGCUUCACGAUCACGACUGCAACCCAAGGUCCGCUCGGUGAAAUGAUCGAGAUGGACAGGAAUGGGAAAAUAAAGAAGAGGAGCAAGGUAGCGAGGCAGCGCGGCACCACCGUCCAACUCUCCAACAUCUUCACCCCAUUACCCGUCCGACGCAAGGAGUUCGAGCGCAAUGCGAAGCGUGAAUUCGGGAAGGCCUUGCACCUCCUGAACGCUUAUGCCCUUGGUCCGUGUGCUUCCAACGAUGGGAAGCCUGUCAAGCUGACCGUGAGCAACCAGAUGGAUAAGGGAGCCAAGUCAGUGCAAAUACGAACACCCGGCCAAUUGUCUUGUCGCGCUUCUGUCACAGCGCUCUGGGGUCCCCGCGCCCUUGACAAUGUCGUGGACCUCGACCUAUCCUUUGACGUUGAACGGGAUAGGAUGUCUAUGCGCAGGUUGAAUCCCAAUGGCAUCUUGACGGACUUGCCGCCUAUUCACGUCACAGUGAAAGGCUUGGUGUCAAAGUUCACCGUAGGUGCAGGACGCACCGGCACCGAUCGACAAUUCUUCUUCGUCAACGGUCGACCCUGCGACCUCAGCAAGGUCCAGAAAGCGUUUAACGAGGUAUACAAGUCUUUCAAUGCUACACAGUCGGCGUUCCUGGUGGCAGACUUCCAGAUACCUACUGAAUCCUGCGACAUCAACGUCAGCCCAGACAAGCGGACGAUCUUUCUGCACAAUGAGGCUAACCUCAUCGCUGCAUUCAAGGCGGCCCUCGAGACGGCUUUCGCGCCCUCGCGCUCGAUGUACGAUGUUUCUGCGAGCCAGAUGACGCAGACGAAUUUGCCUGUAGCGUUUACGCAGGCGAAGAGGACGGAUAGUGCUUCGUCGGGCGCGCAAGCUGCGACUCCGGCGGUGCGGACAAGGGACCCCUCUCCUGAAUCUGAGCCAUCGUCCAGUCGGCAGUCUUCGCCCAGUCGGCAACCCUCACCUAGUCGAGCGCCGUCUCCGAUGCCCGAUGAUGACCAUGUCAUACGUCCUGAGCUCGAUGAUACGGAGGACGGCGCAGGGGCACGGUGGGGCGAGAACGACGAGCCUCUCCCGGCAGCCGCACCCCCUGCGAGGCCCAAGUCGCCUCCGCCAUCAAGCCCGCCUCGCGCUAGUGUCAACUGGACAUACGGUAACGAGGAAGUGCCGCCCACGCAAGACGCGACACAACCACCGGCUGACGAUACGUCGGAGGCUGAUGAAGAGCCUACACCAUAUACUCGUCCACCUGCCGCCAUUGAGUCCUCCCAGCGACCUUCGUCACCGGUCGAUGAUAUGGACGUCGAGGUCAGCGUCGUUGGCGCAUCUUGGAGUCAGACCUCUGUCACCGCGGUCAGGGGCUCUUCCCCUCUACAAUCUACAUCGCAGCCAGCGCACACAGUUGAGAUGGACGACGAUGCCGAUGAGCCGCCGCGCAAGAGGUUGCGCACUGAUCCUGAGGAGGAUGAUCCUCGCCCUGCGGACGAUGAUGACGAAGCGAUGGACUCCGACAACCUAGACGACUUCAAGAAAGCGAAGGACAUCCGCUCGGUCGAAGGUCUCUGGUUCUCGUCGCAGAGUCGUACUCGCGCGUCUGCAGCGGAGGUUUCCUCUCAGCCGGGCUCGCCUUCAAAGUCCACCAACUCCCCGGUAAAAUCUACGAAGGCGUCGCAGAAGAUUAUGCGGACGCAGCUGGCGGGCUUCGCAAUGGCAGGCAGUCAGAAGCCUGUGGCUGCGGUGGACGAGGGGAUGGACGAGGUGGAUGAGGAAGAAGACCGGCAGGAUGAGGAUGAAGAGGACAGGAUGAACGUGGAUGGCGAGGAUGACGAGGAUGGCGACGAAGCUAUGGACAACGCGGAUUACCAGCCUGACGAGGGUGGCGCAGAUGUCGCAGAUGGAAACGGCGGGGAAGAGCUGCCUGCUGCCGAGGCGCCCAAGAAACGAGUUCGACGUCGCCGUAGCCCAAGCAGCGGCGCCGGUGAGGACGAUAUUGCGCAAACUACACCGGCAUCUGUCGACGCGCCCGUGAAGCUGGAAGAGGGUGAGGGCUCGCUGCUUGUCGCAGACGGAGUCAUUGACCUCACGUCGGACGACGAAUCGGGGCCAGCGCUUUCCAAAGUCACCCAGCGAUCAUCAUCUACGAAUAAGUCUACCAGAAUCUCGUCGAAAGACGACCCCAAGGACGACGGUGUCGUGCUAGAUGGUCCUGAAGUAUUGCGACAAGAUAGCAACACGCUGGGCGAUGUCACGAUCGAGCUAGCCAUGGACAGAAUUGAGGCUGCAUGGGAGCGGUUGAGACAAGUGCUAUCCGCGCCACAACCGACCGCAGAGAGCUUCCACUCAGCUGACGAUGGGUUCUCUGCGGACGCUGGCCUCGCCAACACCGACGAUGCGGAAAGCGCAGCAAAUGCUUUGGCGAGGGUGAUUGACAAGGCUGACUUCGCCAAGAUGGAUGUUGUUGGCCAAUUCAACCGCGGUUUCAUCAUCGCGCGCCGACGCAAGCAACCGGAAAGCGGCGGCUCUUCGAUGGACGACCUGUUCAUCGUGGAUCAGCAUGCGUCGGAUGAGAAAUACAAUUUCGAGACGCUGCAGCAGACGACGAAGAUCGAGUCUCAGCGACUGCUCAGGCCACGCCCACUCGAGCUGACAGCAGCGGACGAGAUGAUUGCGCGCGACCAUCUUGACGUAUUACGCCAGAACGGGUUCGAGGUCGAGGAUAGUGGUGCAGGGAAUGAUAGUGAUGGUGCACGCCUGCGUUUGGUGGCGCAACCGGUUAGCAAGUCGACCACCUUUGACAUGCGGGAUCUCGAGGAGCUCAUCCACCUGCUGCAAGACGCGCCCGGUGGGGCGGCGGUGCGCUGCUCGAAGGCGCGCGCCAUGUUCGCAUCGCGGGCGUGCAGGAAGAGCGUGAUGAUUGGCAUGCCGUUGACCAAAGGCCAGAUGACUGCGGUAAGAGAUUCGGGUUUCGCGCGCGGUCGAGUCGUUCAGCAUAUGGGGACCAUGGACCAGCCUUGGAACUGUCCCCACGGUCGUCCAACCAUGCGCCACCUCAUCGACUUAGCCGACUUGAACGGCAGGACGAAAGGUCCUCGACCCAUUGACUGGGCUUCUUUAUCUCUAUCUUGCUGA